AUGGCGAAUUACGAGCGCGUACCAAAUCAGGAGCAAGAAGCUGAGACGAAGCCUGACGCGAAAUUUUCCUCCGCCGGGAAGGGCGAAGGAGCUCCGCCGCCCGGGGUGUCGAUUGGAUGGCCGGCCAACGGGAUGCCGGUGGCUGAUCCGGCGGCGCAGAGGUCCGAAUGGGAAACCGGGCUUUUCUCCUGCCUGGGCAAGAAUGAUGAAUUUUACAGCAGUGAUCUUGAAGUUUGUUUACUGGGUAGUGUUGCUCCAUGUGUGCUCCAUGCUAGCAAUGUCGAGAGACUUGGAUCGGGACCCGGUACUUUCGCCAAUCACUGCUUGCCUUACACUGGCCUUUACUUGCUCGGCAAUUGCCUUUUCGGCUGGAAUUGCCUUGCACCUUGGUUUUCGUACCCCAAUCGUACAGCCAUACGCCACAAGUUCAACUUAGAGGGAAGCUUUGGGAAGUAUGCGAUUGAUGAGAUUCCGCACGAGCAAUGUGAGGCAUCGUGUGAUUUUUGCACACACGUGUUUUGCCACGCGUGCGCGCUUUGUCAGGAGGCUCGUGAGGUUCGUCGUAGGUUGCCACAUCCCGGGCUUGCCACGCAGCAGCCCGUCUUCGUCAUGAUCCCGCCUGGCGGACAAGCUAUGGGGCACCGCAGGGAACCGCCAUCCGCCGCAGUGCCUGAGAAAAGGAGCCCUACUUUGUUGCCGGUGGAGUCUCACGCAGUCAAAUUCGACUUCAAUCUGGACGGAUUUCCCCCAUCUACUGUGGCGCUUUUGACCUCGCAGGAUGGAAAUGAAGAGCUUGUGCUCGUCGUUUUUCACGACAAUGGCAACAGUGCUAACCAGUUCGAUCAAAACCUAAGAUCGUUUUUUUUGGCCGAAAAUCCGACAAGAGGACAACAACAAGAACAACACAGAGGACAAGGCCGGCCACAUCUGUGGAAUGUUUUCAGGGGUUUCGGUACAGAGACUAUUGCGGAGGUUUUCAAGGUGGGCGAGGAGACUGCAAGGAAGCUUUAUGAGAAAAACGAUGAGGGGGCCAUAUUGUGA